ACCUGUUGUCGAAAAAUACAAUUUUUCAUCAUUAUUUUGUUUCUCUGAGUUCGAUGUAUAUAAUUGGGCGUUCGUGAUAAAAAUUCUGGAACCUCAAAAAUGUUUGAAGAUAAAAGCAUUGAUCCUCGUACUUGUACGUACAGGUUAUUAGCAUCAUCAAAACUUCGUAAACAAAUCGAUCGUUUAAUCAGAACGAAGAAAUUACAAUUCGGAUUGAUUAAUCCUAAAUCCGAUUCGGUGGAUUUUUACAACCAAUUUCAUUCAGCGUCGUACUCUAAUAAUCAAAAUCUAGUCAACCGUACCAGCAGAAAUAGUAAAAAAAAAGUCAAUGAUGAAAAUGUGCAUACAGAUGAAGGUGAUAAAGAACAGAGUACAAUAAUCAUUGCUAAAAUUGAGCAGAUAGAAGUCAUUCUUCACCGAGCUGACGAUGAACAAAAACAAACGUUCACAUACAAUGAUUUAAUUGAACUUCAUCGUCUGCUACAACAUUUAGAUCCAAGCGAACACAUGAAUGUGGCCAAAGAAUAUUUCUACGAAUUUCUCGAAGGGAAUUUUCGUGUCAUGCAAUUACCCGAACGGCGAACGAAUUUAUCGUUGGAUGAACGAUUACGAAAGCUGCGUUUCAAGGCUGCAUCCGACGAAUACGAUUCGAUGGUCCACAAUGUUGCCCAUUAUGUCAUUGGCAAUAACAGAAUUGGUGCUAGAUUCUCAAUGUCACAAGAUUUCCGCCAAAUACGUUCAACAUUGCUGGCCGCAAUAAAUGCCAUGAUGGUCAUUGCGGCAACAUUCUUCUUUUUUUAUGUCACUAUUCAUUAUGCUCGUCCGGAUUUUGAUACUGGUAAAGUGGUACUCUAUAGUUUCGGUGCAUCGAUGGUCGUUGCAAUGGCUGAACUCUAUUUUCUCAUAAGGAUAAUUUGACACCUCAGAUUCAGCUUGAUAAUCAAGAUCAAAAUACAAAUACAGAAACAUCUCUUGUUUUUUUUCACUUUAUUAUGAAAAUUUAAUAAAAAUAAG